AUGGUCAUGUCUAAGACUUGGAGCUCCCCCACCCUGCGGUCCAUCAAAGCGUCGAUGCGGCUGUUGGCGGUGCUGCUGCUGUUAGGCGUCACGCAGAGGCCACUCACAGCUCAGCCAAAUGGCAAUCCAGGCGCGCCUCAGCCUUCGGCUGGCGGCUCGGCGGCACCGUCUGGACUGGAAAGCGACGUCCUUGCGCUAGCACGAGAACUGUUCAUCGAAAUGCACUGCUUCUGGUCCAACUUCGGGCCUGACAAUCGGUAUGGCGGCUUCUACGCGACGUUGGGCAGGCAAGGCAACCCCAUCCAGCCAACCGCCAAGGGAGUGGUUCAACAGGCCCGGCACCUCUACUUCUUCUCCGCUCACCACAUGGCGCUGAAUGACCCAUGGGUCGGCCCACUGGUCCUCAGCGACCGUGGAGGCGCCAGCCCCGGCAGCACGGCAUGCGGCGCACCCUUAACCGACUCCGCGCAGGGCCCAAACUCCAGCGGAGCCUCGAUGUCCGACCAGCAAGCGCUUGCUAAGAAGCUGGCUGACCAGGCCCAUGGUUUCCUCACGUUGCACAUGCGCAACCCCGCCACCGGCCUCUUCUACACCACAGUUACACCCAACGGCUCCGACGUCAUCGACGCCGGGCCGCUGCUCAAUGGGAACCUCAUGGCGGUGUACGCGCUGGCCGUCUACGCUCGCGCCUUCAACUACACCGCGGCACGUGAUGAGGCGUUGGAAACGUUUCUGGCGCUCGAUGCGCUGCUGUACGACAAGCAAUACGGCGGCUACAACGAGCUGUUGUCCGUACCUCCGUGGGGCCCGAACCCCAAGACGCUCAACGGGCUGUUGGCGCUGACGCAAGCGACCAUGGAGCUGGCCCGAGUGGUGCCGGAGAACCCCACGGUUAUGGACAGGUUGCGGGAGUGUUUGAGGCUGUUUCCGGAGCGCGUGGUGGUGAUGCCGGAGGGCUACGCUCGACAGGAGUUCAGUGCGAAUUGGAGCACCGCGGUGGGUGAUGCCAGCGGCGGCGGCGGAAGAAAUGAAGUAUCGUACGGCAUGCAGCUUGCGGCAUCGUGGGUAUUGCUGGAGGCGAUUCCGGUGGCGUACGGCAAUUCUGGCGGUGGCGGAGGCAGCGGCGGAGAUGACGCCGCGGGUUCAGUGCGGGCUGCGGCCUUGAAGCUGGGGAACACGGCGGUGAUGGAGGGCUAUCACUACGGCCACGGCGGCUUCUUCUUGUCUGGCAGCUGGAACCGCACCUCCGAUAAGACGUGGGACAAGUUGUGGUGGGUGCAGGCAGAGGCGUUGCCCGCCCUGUGGCAGCUUUACAUCUCCGCUGCCAGCAGCGCCGGCCCGUACGACACCAGCAGCGGCAGCGGCGCGGCGACGUACCUGCACUACCUGAAGGAGACGCUGCAGUGGAUCCGCAACUGCCAGAGCGACAGCAAGUACGGCGAGUGGUACUGGUUGACGUACGGUGACUGCUCGGUGGCACAGUCGUACAACUCCGGCGGGUACGAGUAUGCGGGCAGCGUGAAGGGCAACAUCUGGAAGGCGUCGUACCACAACGGCCGCGCGUUGCUGACCCUCAUUCGGUACCUGCUGGGGGGAGCGCCGGGAGUACCCGCGGCAUCACAGCAGGCAGGCUGCACAAAUGUUGUUGGGACAGUUGAUUUGGGGUCCUCUAGCUGCAAAGCAGUCGCUUUGACGGGGCUUGCCUACGAACGAGUACCCGAGCGAUGGGUAUGUGUUGCAAGGGGUUUGAGCAAUGUUGGGCACUGA